AUGACCCGAGAUAUCCUGAACAUCGGUGAUGAACCGAUCUUCGACGAUCGUAUUGUCAAGAUCGAAACUCAUACUUACAAUCCAUACGCUAACACUACAUUUGAAUACAACGACGAAAUUCGAAUACCUAUACAACAGCAAGAUCUUGCGCUUGGUCAAAAUGAUGAUGACGCUGACAGCGAUGACGACAGUUCCGACGAGGAAGUGAAUGUGACAAUAAGGGGCGGCGAUGCAGCCGAGGCCAGUACGAGCAAUGCCGGUAAUGUAGAUACGCCGCAUGUAAGGAACGCCGCACCGCAAGCAGGACGCAACGAGUUACCUGUGAGACGACAAGAGGGUACAACAAUGAGACGCCACGAUUUUUCACUAAUAUUUCGAGACGUUGAGGGUUCCAUUAGAAACUUCGAUGGCAGCGAUGUUUACCCUGUCGAGCGAUGGAUAACAGACUUCGAAGACACGGCAGCACUUUUCGGGUGGAACGAAAUACAGCAGCUGAUAUUCGCCAAACGAUCUCUGACGGGACUUGCGAAACUUUAUGUUCAAAGCGAAGGUGUAGUGAAAAAUUGGAAAACUCUGAAGGCCAUGCUAAAAGACGAAUUUUUCACUAAAAUCGAUAGUGCUCUGUUGCAUCAAAUGUUGGCUGAGAGAAAAAUGAAGAAGGACGAAAAAUUGCAAGAAUACUACUUGGUAAUGAAGGAGCUGGCAGCGAGAGGAACGAUCGAGGACGAGGCAUUAAUACGUCACAUCAUCCAUGGCAUUCAAGAUGACGAGCGAAAUAAAGCAAUUCUCUAUGGGACCAAAAAGCUGCGUGAUUUCAAGGAACGCUUACAGGCUUACGAGGAAAUAUGGGAGGCGAGUCAGGGGCAGACUUUUAAGAACAUCCGAGGGAAAGCGAUGGCCACAAGAAAACCUUUCCAGGCGCAGGAGUCGUCGAAGAAGUCAGAGGUUCAGAUCAAGACUGCACGAUGUUAUAAUUGUGGUGACGCCGGACACGCGUCUAAAGACUGUAAGUCAAAAGCGUUAGGGCCAAAAUGUUUUAAAUGUAACCAGUUUGGACAUCGGUCUUUUGAAUGCAAUACGAAUACGAGAGGUAAGCAAACGAACAAUGGUAAGAACAAUGAUAAAAGUGCCGCGGUAAAUAGUAUUUCUAUUUCAUCGAAUGACGAUAUGUGUAAGAAAAUAUUAAUUGGUGAUUUAGAGAUUCGAGCUUGCUUGGACACUGGUAGUCGUGUAACGUUCAUUUGCGAAAGAAUUUAUCGCGAGUUAAAAGCACCUACUUUAAACAGUGCUCAGCUGUCAUUAGUUGGGUUUGGACAAGCCGAAGUUAAUCCAUUGGGUUAUUUUCAGACUACGAUUAAUAUAGAUAACGAGGAAUUUCUGGUGCAGGUAUAUGUAGUUCCAAAUUCCGCUAUGACGCUGGAUAUGAUUAUCGGACGCGACGUAUUGUCACAAGCUAACGUCACUAUCGCUCAGGGCGAGGUGACAGUGACAAAAGAAAAGCAAUCUGUCUUUCUAACCGACAUAAAUGUAUUCGAUGAACCUUCUUUGGAUAUAGGCGAGCAAGUAAGUGAAGAGGCAAAAAAUGAAAUCAAGCGUUUAAUGAUGAGUUAUACUCCUAGUAGAAGUAAGACGACGAGUGUUGAGAUGAAUAUUGUUGUAAAGUCGGAGAAGCCGAUCUAUCAGCGACCGCGGAGAUUACCUACAGUAGAACGCGAUAUCGUUGAAAAACAAGUACAUGAUUGGUUGAAAGACGGUAUAGUAAAGCCUUGUUCCUCCGAAUACGCUAGCCCAGUAGUAGUCGUAAAGAAAAAAGAUGGCUCGUCACGUGUUUGCAUUGAUUAUCGUAAAUUGAAUCGAGUAAUGGUAAAGGACAGAUAUCCUCUACCUUUAAUAGAAGAUCAAUUAGAUAAAUUACAAGAGGCAAAAGUAUUCACUACUCUGGAUUUACGAAACGGUUUUUUUCACGUAAAUGUAGCAGAAGAUUCUCGCAAGUACACUGCGUUUGUAACUCACUGCGGGCAAUAUCAAUUUUCAAAAGUUCCUUUCGGGUUAUGCAACUCACCAUCUGUUUUUCAAAGAUUCAUAAAUUGUGUAUUCUCAGAGGAAAUAAAAAAAGGAGUUGUUAUUCCGUAUUUAGAUGAUUUAAUUAUUGCUUCGUCAGAUGUUGAGGAAAAUAUUAAACGAUUGAAGAGAGUUUUACAAACGGCAAGCGAAUAUGGGCUUGAGAUUAACGUAAAGAAAUGCCAAUUUUUGGUAAAGCGAGUUACCUUCUUAGGAUACGUUAUUGAAGACGGUGCAUUGCACCCAUCCCCCGAUAAGACGCAAGCAGUCGCUUCAUUUCCGGAACCAAGGUCGCUGAAAGAUAUUCAGAGCUUCUUAGGACUUACUGGCUACUUUCGUAAGUUUAUUGCCAAUUAUGCUAACAUUGCAAAGCCGUUAAGUGAUCUAUUGCGUAAGAACGAAAAGUUUAGAUUUACCGAGAAAGAGCGAAAUGCAUUUUGUUUAUUAAAAGACGCUCUUGCGAAGAAACCUGUUCUAAGAAUUUAUCAUCCGACCUUUGCAACCGAAUUGCAUACGGAUGCGAGUCAACAUGGCUACGGAGCCGUUUUGUUGCAACGAUCACCUGAGGAUCAAAAACUCCAUCCGAUUCACUAUUUCAGCCGUAAAACGAGUAAUGCAGAACGUAACUAUCCGAGCUAUGAGUUAGAAGCACUUGCGAUCGUUACUGCAUUAAAAAAAUUCAGAGUCUAUUUAUUAGGUAUCGAUUUUAAGAUAGUAACUGAUUGCGCCGCGUUUCAGAGAACAAUGGAUAAAAAAGAAUUGUCACUAAGAAUAGCAAGAUGGGCAUUAAUGCUCGAAGAUUUUAAAUAUACGAUCGAGCACCGAGCGGGCACUAGGAUGAGACACGUUGACGCCCUCAGCCGAUAUCCGGUUAUGAUGGUAACAACCGACGAAAUUACGUUAAAAAUUAAAAAAGCACAACACCAGGAUAGGGGCAUCACACCUAUAUUCAAAAUACUAGAAAGUCAGUCAUAUGAAGAUUACUUUUUAAAGUCAGGCUUGUUGUAUAAAUCUCAAAACGGAUUGGAUCUUAUAAUAGUGCCCGAAUCGAUGCAAGAUGAAAUUAUAAAGACGGUUCAUCAGAAGGGUCAUUAUGCGAUUAAGAUUAUAAGCGACAAAGGAUCUGCAUUCACUUCUAACGAAUUUAGAGAGUAUUGCGAGGCCGAAGGGAUAAGACACUCGACUGUGACCGCUGGGCUACCCAGAGCCAACGGUCAAGUUGAAAGGUUAAAUCGUACCAUUGUAUCGGUUUUGAGUAAAUUAUCAGUAGACGAACCAGACAAGUGGUAUAAACACAUCGGUAGAUUACAGCAGAUAAUUAACUCAUCUUCUCACCGCAGUAUUGGGACAACGCCUUUCGAACUACUCUUCGGUACUAAGCUACGAAGUAAAGCUGAUUUUCGUCUUAAAGAGUUGUUGGAAGAAGAGUUACGCGAUCAAUUUCAGAAUGAGCGAAAACGAAUUGCGUCAUAUCGCGAAAAAUCAGAUUUUAGAAGUGAUUUGGUGGCAAUCAAGCGUACCCAGCAGAGUCCAGGGUUAAAGUUACGGCCUAAAUUCCUCGGUCCUUAUAAAAUAACUAAUGUUAAGCCAAAUGAUACGUAUGAUGUGGAACGCGUCGGGACCCACGAGGGACCUUUGACUACUUCAACGUGCGCCGAGUAUCUUAAACCAUGGGCAAUACACAAAUUACUGCCCGAGCCGUGCAGCGGUCAGAAUGGCCGAAUGUAG